AAUGAUGGCCACACGUCGGACUGGGCUACCGGAGGGAGAUGGUGACAAGCUCAAGGCCUGUGGGUCCCCCACGUGUGAGGUAUCAAAGAGUAAAGAUGGAAAAGAACAAAGUGAAACUGUAUCACCAUCCGAAGAUGAAACAUUCUCCUGGCCAGGUCCCAAAACAGUUAUGUUGAAAAGAACAUCUCAAGGCUUUGGUUUUACAUUGAGGCAUUUUAUUGUUUAUCCCCCAGAGUCUGCAAUUCAAUUUUCAUAUAAGGAUGAAGAAAAUGGCAACAGAGGAGGAAAACCAAGAAACCGCUUGGAACCAAUGGACACCAUAUUUGUUAAACAGGUUAAAGAAGGGGGACCUGCUUUUGAAGCUGGAUUAUGCACAGGUGAUCGAAUUAUAAAAGUCAAUGGAGAAAGUGUUAUUGGAAAGACCUAUUCCCAAGUAAUUGCUUUAAUUCAGAACAGUGAUACAACAUUGGAACUUAGUGUUAUGCCAAAAGAUGAAGACAUUCUCCAAGUGCUACAGUUUACAAAGGAUGUCACAGCUCUGGCGUAUUCUCAAGAUGCCUACCUGAAAGGCAAUGAAGCCUACAGUGGAAAUGCCCGCAAUAUACCUGAACCCCCACCAAUUUGCUAUCCCUGGCUGCCAUCUGCCCCUUCAGCCAUGGCACAGCCAGUUGAAAUCUCUCCUCCAGAUUCAUCAUCGAGCAAACCACAAACCACUACGCCAGUACUGACGCAGCCUGGCAGGGCCUAUAGAAUGGAAAUACAAGUGCCUCCAUCACCAACAGAUGUUGCAAAGUCCAACACAGCGGUGUGUGUUUGCAAUGAAAGUGUAAGGACUGUCAUUGUACCUUCUGAGAAGGUUGUAGAUUUGUUAACUAAUAGAAACAACCACACAGUUCCUUCACAUAGAACUGAAGAGGUGAGGUAUGGCAUAAAUGAGCAGACCGCUUUGAAAACAGUGUCAAGAACCACAUCGCCACCAUCAUCAGUUCCCACUGCCCAUCUGAUUCAUCAGACGACAGGCUCCAGAUCGUUGGAACCUUCUGGAAUCUUACUUAAAUCCGGCAAUUACAGUGGACAUUCAGAAGGAAUCUCAAGCAGCAGACCUCAAGCUGUGGAUUCUCCUUCUGUCUCUGUUAAUCACUAUUCUCCAAAUUCCCAUCAGCACAUAGACUGGAAAAACUAUAAAACUUACAAAGAGUAUAUUGAUAACAGACGAUUGCACAUAGGCUGUCGGACGAUUCAAGAAAGACUAGAUAGUUUAAGAGCAGCAUCUCAGAGCACAACGGAUUAUAACCAGGUGGUACCAAACCGCACUACUUUGCAGGUACGACGUCGAAGCACCUCUCACGAUCGAGUGCCGCAGUCUGUUCAGAUCCGACAGCGCAGCGUGUCCCAGGAGAGGCUGGAGGAUUCUGUGUUGAUGAAGUAUUGCCCACGAAGUGCGUCUCAAGGAGCGCUGACAUCUCCGUCUGUUAGUUUCAGUAAUCACAGAACUCGUUCAUGGGAUUAUAUCGAGGGACAGGGCGAAACCUUAGAAAACGUCAGUUCUGAAGGUCAAAUACCCGAUUCAAAUGGAGAGCGAAAACAGACUUAUAAGUGGAGUGGAUUUACCGAACAGGAUGAUAGACGAGGUAUUCAUGAAAGACCUCGACAGCAAGAAAUUCAUAAGUCUUUUCGAGGUUCAAAUUUUACCGUGGCCCCGAGCAUCGUUAAUUCUGAUAACAGGCGAAUGACUGGCAGAGGAGUGGGGUCUGUGUCUCAGUUUAAAAAAGUGCCACCAGAUCUGAAAACACUGCAGUCCAACAGAAAUUUUCAGACUACCUGUGGAAUGUCAUCGUCUCGAGGUAUUACACAAGACAGGUCACCUCUUGUGAAAGUCCGAAGUAAUUCUCUGAAAGCGCCUUCUACGCACGUCACCAAACCAUCGUUUAGCCAGAACUCACUUGUCUCUGUCAAAGACCAAAGACCAGUAAAUCACUUGCAUCAAAACAGUCUAUUGAAUCAGCAGCCGUGGCUGAGAACCAAAAGUGCCCCGGAUCACCAAGUGGAGACGGGGAAACCCCCCUCUUUACCUGGAGCUUCUGUUAAGCCUGUCCCUCAGAUGAGUGAGAACUACGGCGCUUCGGAUUUAGAAUUACCUGCCCCUCAAAGAAAUCAAGAUUUAACUCUGCAAGAGGCUGAAAUGCAGGAAUCGAAUACCUUAGAUAAUAAAGAAACUGUCAUCCUAAGAGAAAAACCUCCAUCUGGCCGCCAAACACCACAGCCUUUAAGGCAUCAGUCUUACAUCUUGGCAGUAAAUGACCAGGAGGCCGGGUCAGACACCACCUGCUGGCUGCCUAAUGAUGCGCGCCGAGAGGUCCAUAUAAAAAGAAUGGAGGAAAGGAAGGCCUCAAGUACCAGCCCACCUGGGGAUUCCUUGGCAUCAAUCCCGUUUAUAGAUGAACCAACAAGCCCCAGCAUUGAUCAUGACCUUGCACACAUCCCUGCUUCGGCUGUCAUCUCAGCCUCCACUCCCCAGGCACCCCAGGCGCCCCAGGCACCCUCCAUAGCAACGGUCCCGCCCAGUCUCACCACGUCGGCUCCUUUAAUUCGCCGCCAGCUCUCCCAUGAUCAGGAAUCUGUCGGCCCUCCCAGCCUAGAUGCCCAGCCCAGCUCAAAGACCGAAAGAUCAAAAUCCUAUGAUGAGGGCCUGGAUGAUUACAGAGAAGAUGCAAAAUUGUCCUUUAAGCACGUUUCUAGCCUGAAGGGAAUCAAGAUCAUAGACAGCCAGAAGUCAUCAGAAGACUCUGGGUCCAGGAAAGAUUCUUCCUCAGAGGUUUUCAGUGAUGCUGCAAAGGAAGGAUGGCUCCAUUUCCGACCACUUGUCACCGAUAAGGGCAAGCGAGUUGGUGGAAGUAUUCGGCCGUGGAAACAGAUGUAUGUUGUGCUUCGGGGCCAUUCGCUGUACUUGUACAAAGAUAAAAGGGAACAGAUGACUCCGUCUGAAGAAGAACAGCCCAUCAGCGUCAAUGCUUGCUUAAUAGACAUCUCGUACAGCGAGACCAAGAGGAAAAAUGUGUUUCGACUCACCACAUCAGACUGCGAGUGCCUUUUCCAGGCCGAGGACAGAGACGACAUGCUAGCGUGGAUCAAGACCAUCCAGGAGAGCAGCAACCUCAAUGAGGAGGACACUGGAGUGACUAACAGGGAUCUAAUUAGUCGAAGAAUAAAAGAAUAUAACAGUCUGAUGAGCAAAGCAGAACAGUUGCCAAAAACACCUCGCCAGAGUCUCAGCAUCCGGCAGACUCUGCUUGGUGCUAAAUCAGAGCCAAAGACUCAAAGUCCACACUCUCCCAAGGAAGAGUCAGAAAGGAAGCUUCUCAGUAAAGACGAUACCAGUCCCCCAAAAGACAAAGGCACAUGGAGAAAAGGCAUUCCAAGUAUUAUGAGAAAGACGUUUGAAAAAAAGCCUACUGCUACAGGAACGUUCGGUGUCAGACUAGACGACUGCCCACCCGCACACACCAAUCGGUAUAUUCCAUUAAUAGUUGACAUAUGUUGCAAAUUAGUUGAAGAAAGAGGUCUUGAAUAUACAGGUAUUUACAGAGUUCCUGGAAAUAAUGCAGCCAUCUCAAGUAUGCAGGAGGAGCUCAACAAGGGAAUGGCGGAUAUUGAUAUACAAGACGAUAAAUGGCGAGAUUUGAAUGUGAUAAGCAGUCUACUAAAAUCCUUCUUCAGAAAACUCCCUGAGCCUCUCUUCACGAAUGAUAAAUAUGCCGACUUCAUUGAGGCCAACCGUAAAGAAGAUCCUCUAGACCGUCUGAAAACAUUAAAAAGACUAAUCCACGACUUGCCCGAACAUCAUUACGAAACUCUUAAGUUCCUUUCUGCUCAUCUGAAGACAGUGGCAGAAAAUUCAGAAAAAAAUAAGAUGGAACCCAGAAACCUAGCAAUAGUGUUUGGCCCAACUCUUGUGAGAACAUCUGAAGAUAACAUGACCCACAUGGUCACUCACAUGCCAGACCAGUACAAGAUCGUAGAGACGCUUAUCCAGCACCAUGACUGGUUUUUCACAGAAGAAGGUGCUGAAGAGCCUCUUACAACAGUGCAGGAGGAAAACACAGUAGAGUCCCAGCCAGUGCCAAACAUAGAUCAUUUACUCACCAACAUUGGAAGGACAGGAGUCUCCCCUGGAGAUGUAUCAGAUUCAGCUACUAGUGACUCAACAAAAUCUAAGGGCUCGUGGGGAUCUGGAAGAGACCAGUACAGCAGGGAACUGCUCGUGUCCUCCAUAUUCGCGGCCGCUAGUCGCAAGAGGAAAAAGCCCAAAGAAAAGGCGCAGCCCAGCAGCUCAGAAGACGAACUGGACAGUGUGUUUUUUAAGAAAGAGAGCACAGAACAGUGUCACAAUGACCUUAAAGAGGAGUCCAAAAAAGAGAGUGAGGCAUUGUGCAGAAAGCAAAGGCUCGUCCUUUCCAAAGAAAACAGCGCCAAGAAGGACAGCGGUGCCCCAAAAGAUGAAAAGACGCCCCCGCGGCAGGAGAGCGCGCCGUCGGAAGAACCCUCACCCCCGCACAGCUCGAGGCACAGCAAGUCUCCGACGCUGAGCGGCCGCUUCCCCUUGCUGAGAGACAGCUCCAGAUCCCCGGCCGCGCACAAGUCGUCCCCCCACUUGGAAGAGCCGGGGUCCGACUCUGGCCCUCUGCCCAGCACUUCCUCGCAGGCUUCUCCGGCCAGGCCUCCCACCAAGACGUCCACCAGCCCGGAAAGCAAACGCGGCGAGGUUGUGGGCACCGCCACCUCCGACUGUUCCGCCGCGCCACCCACCGCGUACCCGGCCAGCCUGGACUGCAGCCGGCUGAGCCCCGACGUGCGCUCCGUGGCCGAGAGCAAGGGGGACGAGGCGGACGACGAGCGCAGCGAGCUCAUCAGCGAGGGGCGGCCGGUCGAGACGGACAGCGAGAGUGACUUCCCCGUGUUCCCCGCAGCCCUGGCCCCGGACAGGCUCUUCCGGGGAAAGCUGCAGGAGGCCGGGAAGGCGAGCCGGAGGAACUCGGAAGGCAGCGAGGUCAGUUGCACGGAGGGAAGUCUGACACCGAGCCUGGACAGCCGAAGGCAGCUCUUCAGCUCCCACAAGCUGAUCGAGUGCGACACCCUGUCCAGGAAGAAAUCGGCGCGGUUCAAGUCCGACAGCGGCAGCCUCGGGGAUGCCAAGAGCGACCGAGAAGCCCCUGCCAUAACCCGGGUGUUUGACGUCAUGAAGAAAGGAAAGUCGACGGGCAGUUUACUGACACCGACCCGAAGUGAAUCCGAAAAACAGGAGCCCACUUGGAAGACCAAGAUAGCAGAUCGGUUAAAACUGAGACCCCGGGCGCCGGCCGACGACAUGUUCGGAGUAGGAACCCAAAAAGCGAGCGCCGAAGCGGCCAAGAGGAAAAACAUCAAACGGCGGCACACGCUAGGAGGGCACAGAGAUGCCGCCGAGAUCAGUGUUUUGAAUUUUUGGAAGGCGCACGAGCAGGGUGCGGAGAGGGAAUCCGAACUUUCAGCUGUGAAUCGGUUAAAGCCCAAGUGCUCAGCCCAGGACCUCUCCAUCUCAGACUGGCUGGCCAGGGAGCGCCUGCGCACCAGCGCCUCCGACCUCAGCAGAGGGGAGACCGGGGGCCCCCAGCCCGAGAGCUCGCGCGCCUUGGAAGGAGCCACGGCCCACGCACCUUUGUCCUCCCAGGCCGACGCGGGCGGCUCUCCCGGUACCUUGGCUUCAACCAACAGGCCCCUUCUUUCCAGCCCACCCCAGUCACCUGACCAAAUAAAUGGAGAAAGCUUCCAGAACAUGAGCCAACACGCUAGUUCUGCAGCAUUAAAUGCCCAGCCUCCUCGACUGUCUGAAACCCCGGGCGAUAAAGCACAGUUGCAUCCCUGUCUUUAAACUGGGGUAUGUCCUCCAUAGCAAAUAAAAAAAGCUACUGUUACACGUUCCAGUAACUCUGUAAAUAUUUUCUUGUACCAGAAUUGUUAUUAUGCAGCCUUCAUUUGGGCUGGUUUCAUCAUUUUGCACUGUGGAAUAGCUUUACAGUGCAUUACUACAGCCAGAAGAACAUAUAUAUAUAUAUAUAUAUAUAUAUAUAUAUAUAUAUAUAGGAUAGUUGUAUACAAAUGAGCAAGGUAUUUGUUGCAACUUACUACAUAGUGUAUACCCAAGAUUACUGAAGAAAAUAGCUGGCAUUAUUAGUAUGCAGCAAAUUUGUUCUUUUGGUUUCAUCACUAACAAAAGUGCCUCAUCAUAAAAAUCCAUUUGGUUAUUAGGGUGCCAUAUUGUUAAAAUUAGAAAACUUACAUUGAAUAAAUGAACGCAUUUUAUUGGUAACAAAGUUCAUUACAUUUACCAGUUUUAACACAGGUGGAUACGGAACUUCCAUUCUUUAGUCAUUCCAGGUGGAUCUCUGAGUUUUAUAUUCAAACUUUUAAUACAGUUUUUGAGUUUUGUGUGACUUGAAUUUUUAAUCUUUCUGUAAAAUACGUAACUUAAAUGAACAUAUUAUAUGUGUAUCUUUUCUUCAGAUACCAGAUUUGAUAUAAAUGUUGUAACAUAGGUGUGUAGAUAGUGACCUGGACGGAACUGGCUUCUUUAUCGAGAAGAAUAUAAUUCUGCAUGAGGACUUAAUGAAUCCAAACCUGUGUCAUGCCUGUGUGCAUACCCAAUUAAACACUGGAAAUAAAAAUUGUUUUGGUGAACUUUGCACGGCUUGAAACUUAUUCUAAUAUAUUUUUAAAUGUCUUCCAUUUAUAACUGCCUUAAUUGGUCCUGACUUUAAGAAAAUCACUGCUCUCUUUAUAUAGUCCAUCUCUCUGCUGUGUUGGACAGGGAUCUCUUAUAAAUGUUUACAUUGGCCUAACCUCCCUUCUGCACACAGAUAAUAUUUAGCUUUUCUAGCUAAAGUAACAUGUUGUGUUUACCUUUUGUUGGAGAUAAUGAAUGAAAAGGGCAUGUGUUUGGGAAUCAGACCAACUCUGUACUUCCUAGAUAUGUAAACUUGGACAAAUUAUGUAACUCCUCUGAAUUUAUCCCCUCAGAUAAAUAAUGAUAAUAGUAUCCAUUAUAAGGGAUAUUAGAUUUAAAUGCCAUACUGUUCCAGAUAUAGUGCCUGCCACUCACAACUUGCAAAAUAUGUCAAACCUAUUCUAAGAAAUAAUGGGUACUUAAAGUCUCAGAAUGGUAAGACUGGAAGGGCCUUAAAAAUCACCAAAUCGAGUUGUUUUCAACCCUGCCAGACCCCAUAUUCUCAUUCUGUAAAGAAUAUUUUUAAAUUUCUCCUUUACUAUUCUGAAGAGAAAUUCACAGAUAAUAUAAACUACCUGUAUAACAAAUCUAUAUAUGUAAUAUAUAUCUUAUUCCAUAUAUUAUGGAAUGUCUAUAAUUUUCUUAUAGAAAGGAAAGAAAAUGAUUUAUAAUAAAGUAAUAAACGAUUCAAUAUGAGAAGCAGUCAGAUAUUUGCACCAAUAUAGAGAGUCACUAACAGUGCAAUAACUUUAUGUACCGUGAGUAGUUUUGCUACUGGUGACAUGAUACUCUUAAACGAUGAUAAAAUUCUGAACAAAAUAUAAGUACGCUCUUUCCUACUGUACACAGUAGGCAUAUUACUGGAAAAGCCAGUGUAUUCUUAAAAUCAUCAAAAGUACUUUUUAUAUGUAAAAACAAGAAGCUGGUUCAAGGCUCAAAUAAUGAUUUUCUAUUCAUUUCGGUUCUUAUAUUUAUUAUCUUCACUUUUCUUUGGAUCUUGAGAUGUUUGCUAGAUCAUUGAUUUUCAGCCACUUUUUGUUUUUUUGAUAUUUGCUGUUUAAAAGGCUAUUUGUUUUAUUUUCAUUUGUUUCAAAACAUUUUCUAAUUUCUGUUGUGAUUUUUUAUUGUGAUUUCUAUUGUGAGUUAUUUAGAUGUAUAUUGCUUAAUUUCUAAACAUUUGGAGGCUUUCUAGUUUGUCUUGUAAAAAAAUUAUUUCUAGUAUAAUUCACAUGAUCAUUAAACAUAUUCUGAUAGUUUCAAGCUGUUUGAAAUUAAUGGAGAUUUCCAUUACAUAAACCAGCAUGUGGCAGAUUUCUAUAAAUGUUCCACGUCCACUUGAAAAGAAUAUAACCGGGGGCGCCUGUGUGGUUCAGUCGGGUAAGCCUCUGACUUCGGCUCAGGUCAUGAUCUCGUGGUUCAUGAGUUCAAGCCCCACAUCGGGCUCUGUGCUGACCACUCAGAGCCUGUAGCCUGCUUCAGAUUCUUUCUCUCUCUCUGUUCCUGCCCUGCUCACGCUCUGUCUCUCUUUCUCAAAAAUGAAUAAACAUUUUAAAAAAAUUUUUUUUAAGAAAUAAAACAAUAUAACUGGUGCUUUAUUAUGUUAACUGGGUCAGGUUUCUUAAUUUUAGUUUUUCAGAUCUUUUAUAUCCUUACUGAUAUCUUACCUAGCUCGUAUCGUUUCCUGAGAGGUGAUGAAGUCUUAUGUUUACAAAUUUUUUUGGUCUCUUAUUUCUGUCCAUUUUUUCCUUACACAUUUUGAAGCUAGUUUAUACUAAGUGGACAUAGAUUUAGAAUUAUUUUAUCUUCAUGGUGAAUUGGCCCCUUUAUUGUUAUGGAAUGCCCUUCAUUCUGUCUACCAAAGCUGUUUGUGUUAAAGUUUAAUUUUAUAUGAUACUGAUGUGACUGUCUCAGUUACUUUUGGCUAGUGUUUGCAUAGUAAUCUUUCUCAUCCUUUUACUUUCAACCCUUGUGUGUUUAUAUUCGGUUUUUAUCUCUUGUAGCAGCAUAUUAUUCUUUUUUAAAUGUAGUCUGAUAAUCUUUGUCUUUUAACCGAAGUAUGUAAUUCAGUUACAUUUAAUGAAAUUACUGAUGUAUUUGGAUUCAUAUGUGCUGUCUUAUUUGUUUUCUACUUGUCUCACAAGUUUUAUGUACCUUUUUCUCUUGUUUCUUGCCUCUUCUGAAUUACUCAAAUGUUAUUAUUAUACCCUUUUCCCCUUCUAUUAGCAUGUUAUUUAUUCUUUUACUAUUCUUUUAGAGACAUUUUUCAUCUAAUAGGACCUAAUUUAAAUGAAACAUUUACUACUUUGACACGCUGCUUAUUACAGUUGAUUAUAUAUAUAUAUCUCCAUACCUUGUAAGACAUUAUUUUUGUUUUAUAUACUUGAAUAUUCAUCUGCAUUUACCAACAAUAACCAUUUCUACUGCUCUUUAUUCUUUCCUUAUUUUUGUGUUUUAUCUGCAGUCUUUCUCUUCCUAAAGAACUCUAAUUAUAGGGUCGCCUGGGUGGCUCAGUUGGCUAGGCUCAGGCAUCUAACUUUGGCUCAGGUCAUGAUCUCAUGGUUCAUGGGUUCAAGCCCCACAUCGCGCUCUGUGCUAACAGCUGGGAUCCUGUGUCUCCCUCUCUCUUUGCCCCUUCCCCCCCCACACUCUCAAAAAUAAACUUAAAAAAUCUUAGAAAUAGUGAAUUCUCUAAAAACACCCAGAUAGCCAGGGAUCUCCUGUUAAGUAGUAUGAUUUUAUGUGCAUAGUUCAGUGAUUUACAGUUAUUCAAAUUGUCCCCAGCCUAAGUUAUUCUGGUCUCAUUUCAAUAAAAAUGUAAUGGUUAGAGGGGUGCCUGGGUGGCUUAGUCGGUUAAGCGUCCGACUUCAGCUCAGGUCACGAUCUCACGGUCCGUGAGUUCGAGCCCCGCGUCGGGCUCUGGGCUGAUGGCUCAGAGCCUGGAGCCUGCUUCCGAUUCUGUGUCUCCCUCUCUCUCUCCCCCUCCCCCGUUCAUGCUCUGUCUCUCUCUGUCUCAAAAAUAAA